AUGAUUGCCGAGCUCCUGACGCCCACUGGCGCAGCGUAUGUGCUGACCGCCGCCGUAAUCGUCUACUAUAUCCUGCCGUACCUGCAGCUAUGGCGCUUACGCGAUAUCCCGUCGCCCGGUUUCGCCGCCUUCUCUAACCUGUGGCUGAUGCUGCAGUACCGGAAGGGCAACCGCUUCGUCACCGUCGACAACGCUCAUAAGAAAUAUGGCAAACUCGUGCGCAUUGCACCCAGACAUGUCUCCAUUGCCGACGACGAGGCUAUUCAGGCGAUCUACGGACACGGAAAUGGUUUCCUUAAGGCUGACUUCUACGAUGCCUUCGUCUCCAUCCGCCGCGGUCUCUUCAACACUCGCGACCGUGCCGAACACACUCGUAAGCGCAAGACCGUCAGCCACACCUUCUCCAUGAAAUCCAUCGGUCAAUUCGAACAAUACAUCCACGGCAAUGCUGAGCUCUUCGUGAAACAAUGGAACCGUAUCGCCGAUACCCAAAGUAACCCCAAGACCGGCUAUGCGACCAUCGACGCCCUGAACUGGUUCAACUACCUCGCCUUCGAUAUCAUCGGUGACCUCGCCUUCGGCGCCCCCUUCGGCAUGCUCGAGAAGGGCCAGGAUAUCGCUGAAAUGCGCAAGAGCCCGAACGACAAGCCCAGCUAUGUGCAGGCCGUUGAGGUCCUGAACCGCCGUGGUGAAGUUUCUGCUACCCUGGGUGCCUGUCCCAGUCUCAUUCCCUGGGCAAAAUAUAUCCCCGAUCGCUUCUUCAGAGAUGGACUCGAGGCUGUGGAGAAUCUGGCUGGUAUUGCAGUUGCGCGGGUGAAUGAACGUCUUCGCCCCGAGGUUAUGGCUAACAACACUCGUGUGGAUUUGCUGGCUCGUCUUAUGGAGGGCAAGGAUUCGAACGGAAACAAGCUCGGCCGCGAGGAACUUACGGCGGAGGCGCUCACGCAGCUGAUUGCCGGUUCUGACACCACGAGUAACACCUCUUGUGCCAUUUUGUACUGGUGUCUGCGCACUCCUGGGGUUAUUGAGAAGCUGCACAAGGUGCUCGAUGAGUCUAUUCCCAAGGACGUGGAUGUGCCCGUUCAUGCAAUGGUUAAGGAUAUCCCCUAUCUCCAAUGGGUCAUCUGGGAAACAAUGCGUAUCCACAGCACUUCCGCUAUGGGUCUCCCUCGUGAAAUCCCCGCCGGUAACCCACCCGUCACUAUCUCGGGCCACACCUUCUACCCUGGCGACGUCGUCUCUGUACCCACCUACACCAUCCACCGCUCCAAGGAAAUCUGGGGUCCCGAUGCCGAGCAGUUCGUCCCCGAGCGCUGGGAUCCCAAGCGUCUGACCGCCCGCCAGAAGGCCGCUUUCAUCCCCUUCAGUACUGGACCCCGCGCUUGUGUCGGCCGGAACGUCGCGGAGAUGGAGUUGCUCGUCAUCGUUGGAACUGUCUUCCGGUUGUUUGACUUUGAAAUCCAGCAGGAUGGACCCAUGGAGACGAGGGAGGGAUUCCUCCGGAAGCCUUUGGGACUCAUGGUUGGAAUGAAGAGGAGAAGUGUUGCUGUUUAG